UAUCUCUUCUCCCUGUCGUGAGCCUGGCCCAUUUUAAAGGCGCCGCUUCACCGUCUACAGAAAAGGAAGAUCAACAUCUUCCAGAAAUGCCUUCUAAAUUUCCGCGCCUGGUUCGACCGGCGGGAUCGACUGGCACGACCGCUGUGGCCCGCCUCGCGGGGCUCUUCUCGGGCUAGAAAAGACGAGAAGGUCGGUCAAGACGGGUGGGCGAUGCAGUCCAUUUCGGUGGAAGUAGGCAGCAGCGACGAUUCCGUGGUGCAGGUGUGCUUCCCGAGCUCCCAGGCCUCAGUGCUGGACGGCCUGAACCAGCAGAGGGAGGACGGUCGCCUGUGUGACCUCUCUAUUCACGUCCAAGGUCACGUGUUCAAGGCCCAUCGCUGCGUCCUGGCCGCCUCCUCGCCGUACUUCCACGACCAGGUCCUGCUGAAGAACAUGUCCAGCGUGUCCAUCCCAGCUGUGAUGGACCCGCUGGCGUUUGAGAGCGUGCUGCGCUGCGCCUACACGGGUCAGCUCCGGAUGCUGCGCGAGGACAUCGUCAACUACCUGACCGUGGGCAGCGUCCUGCAGAUGUGGCACAUUGUGGACAAAUGCACAGAACUCCUCAAGGAGGGCAGGUCUGCGGGGGGAAGCGCGAGAGGAGGCGGCGGCGGCGGCGGCGGCGGCAGCGGCUCAACUCAAGCUCGGGCGGCGGGGUCCCAAGACAUGCAGGCUUCCUACGCAAGUGUGGAAAAAAGCCUCCAGGAGCCCCUGCGAGUCUCCCAUCCGCCGAGCCUUCCGUCGGCCAACGAGAGCCAAUCUCCCAGCAGCACCAACUACUUCAGCCCCGGGGCAGCCACGACCUCGGCCGGGGGAGGCGGAGGAGGCGGCGGCGCGGUGGCCAGCCACACGCCGGGCUACGGCACGCCGUCCGGGGAGGAGGCCUACAUGAUGGGGCAGGACGAGGAGGAGGAGGAGGAGGAGGAAGAAGAAGAGGAGGAGCCGGCGGCGUACCAGCACAAGAAAAGAGGAGGAAGCGCGAGGAAGAAAUCCAGCUCGGUGUCGGAGGAGGACGUGGGCGUCAGUGACAGUUUUGGAGUUUCCUCAUAUCAGGUCGGGGGGGACGCGUCCCCGCAGAGACGCACCGCCUACGUCCAGCCCAGCAUCAUGCCGCGCAAGCAGUGGGUGGUGGUCAAAGCCGAGCGGCCCGAGGACCACGACCUCAUCGUGGUGUCGGGCGAGGAAGGUGGCGAGGACGAGGAGGAGGACGAGGAGGACGAGGACGAGGAGAGGGGGGGGCUGGCGUCGGGCCGGGAGAGGGACGCCGGCGACUUUGCCAUCUCGCACGUGCGGACCCUCUCCGUAGAGGCUGGCGGGCGAGGAGACGCCGAAGCGCAGAUGGACUACUGCCAGUCUUCCGAGGACUUCCUCAAGUUGUCCAGCAGCUUGCUGGACGCCACCUUAGUCCAGCAACUCCAAGACUCCUCAGCGGGUCCCACCCCGAGCCAGGGCGCCAACCGAGCCGCGCCGGGCCUCCUGGGUCAGGUUCCGACCCGCACCCAGCUCUUCCCUCUGGACAUGCAGGGCAACCAGAUCCUGGUCUACGGGCAAACGUCAACGCUGUCGAUGGACGCCGCGGCGCCUCCCCUCAGCGGAAUGAUCAGCGGCGGCGCAUUUAAAAGUGUGGAGCACGGGCCCGCGGUCCCGGGAGGCGACGGCAUUGGCGGCGGCGGCGUCGGCUCCGCUAAAGUCUUCAUGUGCCACUGCGGCAAGACCUUCACGCACAAGAGCAUGAGAGACCGCCACAUCAACAUGCACCUGGACCUGAGACCCUUCCACUGCCCCGUGUGCGGCAAGAAGUUCAAGAUGAAGCAUCACCUGACCGAGCACAUGAAGACGCACACGGGGCUCAAGCCGUACCACUGCGCCGGAUGCGGCAGAAAGUUCAUGUGGCGGGACAGCUUCAUGAGACAUCGCUCGCACUGCGAACGUCGCGCAGGAGGAGGAGGCGACGACGUCGCCGCCACCGCCGACGUCCUCCCCGGCCCGCAGCUCCUCCUGCCGCCGGGCGAAGGAGGUUUGCGAGGAGGCGGCGGCGGCGGCGUGUCCGCUACGUCGCCGCGCUUCCAUCACGCCGCUACGGGCGCCGCGUCGGGGAUAUUUGGCAACCUGCCGUCGGAGCACGGCGUGUGCACCGAUCUGGCAGACGACGGCUAACGACUGGCUGCGAAUGACCGCGCGUGCUAGCGACGACGGCUAACGACCGCUGGAGACGGCAUGAGUGACUGCACAUAUCCGCUAAGCACCGAAAACGAUAGCUAAUGAACACCGGGGGGGUGGGUGGGUGGGGUCGGGGGCGAAUCGUCGUGAGCUGGUGACUUCUCGACUAACUGCCAAGCACACGGCAAGUGUCUGCUCGAGAUCGCCGAGACCCACGGGUGACUGCUGAUGAGAGCGCUAGUGAUUGCAUGCGACCUCGAGAUUAUAUAUUUACAACGCACUUUUACAAUCGACAAAUCGGCUCAAAGUUGGACAGUAUGAGACUAAAAUAUGAAAUAUGUUGUUUUUCUCGUCACAUUGAGACACAAAACCAGCCAACCAGUGACAGUAGUGUGGUUGAGGGACGUCAACCAUUGCUCACAGAAGCUAGUAGCCGCUAACUACGCUAGCUAAGCUGUCAAGAUGGCGAAAGGAUUUCAACAAAAUAUCUUUUGAGGAACAUCGGUCCAAAGAAAGUGGCCAUUGAAUAUUUGGAGGAGAUUCCUUUUCAGGCUUCCGAUGGGAAAGAAAUUGCUUGGGAGGCAAGAAUGUGUUGACGAGCAUUCAAGAAAGUGUGUGUGACGUUUACUUUUUUUCAUUGCAGAAGUUGUAAAGGAUUUAAAAAUGGAGAUCAGGGCCAGGUGUGGACCUGGCUUGUUGCUAGGCGGAAAUCGUGGGGCCAAAGUGGCCCAGAGGUCAUGUGCGAUCUACUUGAUUUGAUGGGAGAUUUUGCGCGCUCUUUUUAAAAUCUUCCCGUAGGUGAAUUGAACAUUUUGUUGGACUUCUCCCACUUGUGCUGCGUUCUGCUGUCCGUUCCCCCCCCCCCCCCUCCCCAGCAACUCCAAGAAGAAAAUGUGCCGUACUGGAGUGGUUAUGGGCAAUGUCAGGCCUGCUGAGCGCUCCUUUUUGCUGUGUUCCCCCCCCCCCCCUCAAAUUGAUUAGGCGUGAGAAGGGAAGGAUUUUUUUUUUUUUUUUUUUGGUUUGCACGCUGGCGCUCGUAAAAAGUGCCGCAGCCGAUGAUUGAUUUGAUUCCCAUUCCUGUUGCUGCUGACGGGGUGCGAGUCCAAGUCCCGUUUUGCAGGCUGGUGUUAAUCUGUGUUUGACACAAAUCAUCCAUUUAUUUAUUUAUUUUUACUGGUUAUUUAUUUAUUGGUUUGUUUAUUAUCUUUGGGGGUGGGGGUGGGGGGGGGGUGA